CAAACCCAAAAUUUCCAAUCUCGUUGCCCUCGGUCGAAAACGAACCCGAGGGCUCAGCUAUGAGCAACUCGGCCUAUUUUCCAACAUGCACUACAUAAGAUUCUGCCGGCCCCCCGAGGUCCAGGCCGGCAGGUCGCAUGCUACCGUCAAGAUUGUGCUGACAAUCACCACCGACUUGAGCGACUCGUUCCUCUCGCCUCGCACUCCCAUCCAAUUGGCCGUCAUCGGCGCCUACACGGAGCGCCGAGAUGGAAAGGACCAACUUGUACCGGUCAACUUGACUCAAGGCAGUCCGCCGACAUGGCGAGCCGGCAUGAGAGUCCUCAAGCUGGACCUGCCUUUGCCACCGCAGCCGAUCGAGACCAUCCAGAUCCGGCCGCUGAGUCGCCAGCUGACAGCGAUGGGCACGGACGACGUCCUCCCCGGCAACCGGGGCUUGAUCAUGGCGGUCUAUGCGGACAUGCCCCGGCCAGGGGAUGGGCGUGCGCCCUCCGUAUGUUUCCGGAGCCUGCGGUUGUCUACCGGCGAUGUUGCCGCUGGCCAGACACUGCAGAUCGAGGAAGAACUCGGCGAGAGCAUCGCACGCCACAUCUGGGAUUCCGGCAUCGUCGUGGUGUCUCUUCUUGCGGACCUCUGCUUAUGUAACACGGACGAAGCUGGCACCAAGCCGUUACCGAUGCUUCGCAACAUCCUGCAGGGUCCGGACCGGCCAUUGAACAUUCUCGAGCUUGGCUGCGGUGUUGGGGUCAUGGGCAUCGGUCUAGCACGAACCAUGUCGCUGAGACGGGCAGGACAGCGACCCCACAUUCUUAUGACAGACCUUCCGGAGGCGGAGCAGAAAGCACGGGCGAACAUAGCCCGCCAGGCAGAUCAUUUGGGUGACGCUUCGGCCAGUCUCGAUUUUGAGCCCCUCGACUGGGAAGAUGGGGCAAAUGGCACAUUUGGCGAGAAAGCCUCGUCUCGCCCAGUCGAUCUUGCCGUUCUUUGUGACUGCACCUACAACACCGACACUCUGCCGCCCCUAGUCAAGACGUUGUCAGCUCUCCAUCGUCACUCCGAAUUGUUCUCGGCCCCAGAAGGACCCGUCGAGACCAAGGUUUUAGUCGCAACAAAACCCAGGCACACAUCCGAGAGGGCCUUCUUCGAUUUGAUGUCUGAUGACGGAUGGGUCAUUCGGGAACAGACUGUUCUACCCCUGCCUUUACUCGACGCUGAGGGGCAAACGGUGGAGAUGUAUUUGUUCGGAAAAGAAAAAUGAGGGCCGGUGCUUGCCCCAGAUGCUAUAUGUGCCGAUGCUGGCAUGAUGAUUCGACAGUAGCGACGAGAAUCAUGUACCCGGUGUGACCUCUCUUUAGAUUUGGCUCUCUGACG